GCCGCCCGGACCGCGCAGGACCGGGCACCUUCCGGUGGCGGCGCGGAGCCCUGGGCCCGGCUGCGGCCCGGCGGCGGCCCCGGCGCUGUGCGGGCGUUCGUGGCGGCCGGGGAGCGGCAGGGGCCCCGGGCGGCGGCGAGGCCGGAGCGGGGCGGGCCGGGGACACCGGCUCCCGGCGCCCUCGGAGCCAAAGGCGCGCGGCGGACACGGCGGGGCCCUCGCGCGGUGAGGACGCGUAGGCGUGUGGGCUCCUGUCACUGCACAUCGCGAACGCUGGCCGCCGCGUGGCUCUGGCCGAGUCUCGCGAGGGGCGCCCCUGUGGCGUUUCGAGCCAGCCGCGCCGCCUGCGGAGAGGGAAGCUCUGCCCUUCCCCUGGCCUGGCGCGGGCCGACAUCGAGUCUCGCUCCCCAGGGAGGGUCAAGGCCCAGGAGUCCAGCGGCUCCCCCGAGGUCCGCUAGGAGGUGGCGGCACUGGAGUGGCCUUUCUCCAGCCUGCACCGACCCCCGCCUUUAGUGCCCCUGCGUGUGACCCAGCGGUGGUAUCGGAGCGGCCUUAGAAGACUGACGGCUGCCUCUGAGUUGAGUCUUCAGGCCCUCGCUGGGCCUGGCUGAGCCCCCGGUCUGCGCCUUUCCCCCAGCCUGGAGACGAUGCCAAAGCUGCAGGGCUUCGAGUUCUGGAGCCGCACCCUGCGUGGCGCGCGCCACGUGGUGGCCCCCAUGGUGGACCAGAGCGAGCUGGCCUGGAGGCUGCUGAGCCGGCGCCACGGAGCACAGCUCUGCUACACGCCCAUGCUGCACGCCCAGGUCUUCGUCCGCGACGCCAACUACCGGAAGGAGAACCUGUACUGCGAGGUGUGCCCCGAGGACCGGCCCCUCAUCGUGCAGUUCUGUGCCAAUGACCCGGAAGUGUUUGUUCAGGCGGCUCUCCUGGCUCAGGAUUACUGUGACGCCAUUGACCUGAACUUGGGCUGCCCACAGAUGAUAGCCAAGAGAGGUCACUAUGGUGCCUUCCUGCAGGAUGAGUGGGACCUGCUCCAGAGAAUGAUUUUGCUGGCCCACGAGAAACUCUCUGUUCCUGUCACGUGCAAGAUCCGUGUCUUCCCAGAGAUUGACAAGACCGUGAGGUACGCCCAGAUGCUGGAGAAGGCCGGCUGCCAGUUGCUGACGGUGCACGGGCGCACCAAGGAGCAGAAAGGGCCCCUGUCGGGUGCAGCAUCCUGGGAGCACAUCAAGGCCGUGCGGAAGGCUGUGGCCAUCCCUGUGUUUGCUAAUGGGAACAUCCAGUGCCUGCAGGAUGUGGAGCGCUGCCUCCGGGACACGGGUGUGCAGGGCGUUAUGAGCGCAGAGGGCAACCUGCACAACCCCGCCCUGUUCGAGGGCCGGAGCCCUGCCGUGUGGGAGCUGGCCGAGGAAUACCUGGACAUCGUGCGAGAGCACCCCUGCCCGCUGUCCUAUGUCCGGGCCCACCUCUUCAAGCUGUGGCACCACACGCUGCAGGUGCACCAGCAGCUGCGAGAGGAGCUGGCCAAGGUGAAGACCCUGGAGGGCAUCGCCGCCGUGAGCCAGGAGCUGAAGCUGCGGUGUCAGGAGGAGAUAUCCAGGCAGGAGGGAGCGAAGCCCACCGGCGACGUGCCCUUCCACUGGAUCUGCCAACCCUACGUCCGGCCGGGGCCCAGGGAGGGGAGCAAGGAGAAGUCGGGUGCGCGCAGCAAGCGGGCCCUGGAGGAGGAGGAGUGUGGCACAGAAAUCCUGUCCAAGAACAAGCAGAAGAAGCAGCUGAGGAACCCCCACAAGACCUUCAACCCCUCUCUGAAGCCAAAAUAUGCAAAGUGUGACCAGUGUGGAAACCCAAAGGUGAGUGGGUUCCGGCCACAUGCCACCAAGGCUUCCGCUCUGGUGGGUGAGCAGGGUGGUCUCUGCACUCAGGGUAGCAGGUCUGGUGCCCGCCCAGCUGGGUUUGCAGUGUCGCCCAGGGUGGCAUGGAUGCCUCAGGACGGCUCCUUGCUUCCAGCCAAGCCCCUGCCCAGGACUGGAGUGGGAGUAAGUCUGGGUGGUUGGGUGAGGGAGAGGCACCUGGCUUGGGGGCGGUCCCCAGGGCUGCAUCCAGGCCGUGGGCAUCUGGCAGAAACUUUCCCAGCCUGGCCCCAGGAGUGGUGCUGGCCACAGGCUCCCGAGCUUUCCUGUGCCCAGGGCAACAGAUGUGUGUUCAGCCUGUGCCGCGGCUGCUGCAAGAAGCGAGCCUCCAAAGAGACUGCGGACUGCCCAGGUCACGGAUUGCUUUUUAAAACCAAAUUGGAGAAGUCUCUGGCCUGGAAAGAGGCCCAGCCUGAGCUGCAGGAGCCUCAGCCGGCAGCACCCGGAACACCGGGUGGCUUCUCUGAAGUCAUGGGCAGUGCCCUGGCCUGAAGGCCCGGAACCCCCACCCCCAGGACUGCUGCUGGAGCCUGGACACGUCCUACUUAAGGAAACGCCUUUUACUCAGGGAAUCUCCUGCUACUUAAUGUGGAAAGACACACCCACGUCCCCCUUGGGCCCACUCCGGGGGCCUGGAAAUGCUGCAGUGGGGAGCAGGCCCCAGGCUGGACCUGCCCUGUCCUCAGCACACGUGUGCAAAAGGGAACAAUAAAUCAUUUCAAAGAUGC